AUGCUGACAUGUUCUUGUCUACAGGGAACUUCAUUAGCACAGAGUGUUUUAAAACAAUUAGAGAAUAUUACGGUUCUGCCUUUAAUGAAUGUCACCAAUAUUAUGGAAAAGAUCUUCAGUGUCCCAAAGGUUUCCAACACAUCGUCAGCUGACCAGAAGAAAUUAGAAGGAAAUGCUGUAUUAAAUACUGGUGAGCAGCUUGUCUCCAAGUUGGUGACGCCAACAGACACCUAUGCCAAUGUCAGUUUCACUCUUGAAACUGUAGAGGCGAAAGUCUUCAUGGUUGGACCGAAUGCGUCCUUGUGUAAAAUUCCUCAGCUUGACACAAAAAAUGCUGCAAUGGACAUUGAUCUCAUUGGAAUUUCCAAAAACAACAAUGGAUCGGCUUCUGUAGCUUUCAUGAGCUUCAGCACAAUGCAGGACCUACUGAAACCAGACUUCUUCAACACAUCGGAAGACACAACUAAAACCAUGAUGUCCACUGUCAUCUCAGCUACUCUUCCUAAAACCCCCAACACAACCCUAACCAAGCCAGUCAACUUCACCCUCAAACACAUUGGAAAAUUUGAAUCUGAAGGAAAUCUUUCCUGUGUGUACUGGAACAUCAGUGAGUGGAUUGUAGAUGGUUGUUCUAUUGUACAGACCAACAGCAGCCACACUGUGUGUUUGUGUGUUCAUCUGUCAACAUUCGCUCUCAUCAUGCAAACCAGCAGAAGACCAACAAAGGAUGAUCCUCUGAUGGAGUUGUUGAAUUUGGUGCUUGUGAUCGUGGGUCUGGUGUUUACUAGUUUGGCUCUGUUGACUUUUGCUUUCUGUCGAUGGAAACCUGGAGUGAACAAUGUAGCUCGAAUCAACCUCUGCAUCAGUCUGCUGUCUGCUCAUCUUCUGUUCUUACUCACACAACAAUUCAUCAAUCUCAUAAAACCUCAUAAGGAGUUGUGUGCUGUGAUAUCAGGAGCUCUUCACUUCUUCUUUCUCUCCUGCUUUGUGUGGAUGUUCAUUGAAGCUGUGCUGCUCUUCAUCUGUGUGAAGAACCUAUCACAGAUCAGCUCCAAACAGAGGGCGGUGCUUAACAGUGGAUUCUUGAUUGUGAUUGGAUAUGUUAUUGCUUUUGUUAUAGUGGGUGUGUCUGUUGGACUGGUUCCUGAAGGUUAUGGCAGUAAACAAUGCUGGAUUAAUGUGGAUAAGGGCUUCAUCUGGAGUUUUCUGGGACCUGUUUGCUUCAUUCUUGCAAUAAACAUGAUUCUCUUCAUCAGUAUCAUCACCAGUCUGAACUCAGCUCUUAAAAAGCUCAAUGCUAAAGUUUCACGGACGAAACAAACCAAGAUUAUGGUUUUUAAAACUCUGGCCCAAUCUGUGAUUCUUGGUUGUCCCUGGAUUCUUGGUUUCUUCACGGAUAUGAAUAAGAUGAUGGAGAUUCUGUUUCUGAUUUUAAACUCACAGCAAGGAACCUUCAUCUUCCUCAUACACUGUGUCCUCAAUGAUGAGGUCAGACAGCAGUAUGUAAAGUGGAUGGGUGUUCUCUCUCCUGGACUCACACCCAGAACCAUCAAAAAUGCCUCACAGAAAACAUUGAGGAGCAGUCUGUCCAUAUCCAAUUAAUUAAUAGCACAUUCUAAAUUAUUAACUAUUAAAAAGGACAGUAAAAUGCCAUUGAAGCAUAAUCAAAGUUUAAAGGAACAGUAUGUAGGAUUGUGGCCAAAACUGGUAUUGCAAUCAGAAAACUUGUGGCUAAAACUGGUACUGCAAUCACACAACUGGUGGCCAAUACACAAAAUGACAACAUAAACAUCAGUUGAGGGCUGCAACUCCACUUUUUAAAUUACAAUAUCUUGACCAGACCACUGUUGAUAUAAAUUUCAUACUGUUCCUUUAAGUUUUUGCAUGCUAUUGCACAUUAUAAUCUCUUUAAAUGUUAGUAAAGCACGUUAUUUUGUUUUAA